GGGAGAUAUGGGAGUGAUCUGCAAUCUGUUUGCAAGUAUCUGUACUUCUGUCUGUGAUCUACAAACACCUUGUUAUGGUAUUGGAAGGGGAGGACUUGCAGACAGGGAACUCAAACCAAACAUCACAUCAAGAUCCGACAGAGUCACUCGAUUCAUCAGGACCUGAAUAUCAUCGGCCUUUGAAUGUGGAAGGAGAAAUGUUUGUCUAUUCUGUCUGUGGGAAAAGAUUUCAAACAUCAGUGUGACUGGAAGAGCACCGAGACACACACACACACACACACCCGAGUGAGAGUGUUUUAGUGAACUGACUGUGGGAAGAGCUUUAACCAGUUACACAGCCUGAAAUAACAUCUCACCAUUUACAGUGGGGAGAAACAGUACACGUGUUUUCUGUGUGGACGAGGCUUCAACUGAUCAUCCAAUCUGGAGAGACACAGGGAUACCCACACCAUGGAGAAACCGUGGAAAUGUAAGGAAUGUGGGAAUGGAUUCAAAUACCCAUCUCAACUGCAAAAGCAUCGACGCAGUCACACUGGGGAGAAGCCAUUCACCUGCUCUGAGUGUGGGAAGGGAUUCACUCAGUCAGCCAACCUGCGAGCACACCAGCAUAUUCACACUGGAGAGACACCAUUCACCUGCUCUGAGUGUGGGAAGGGAUUCACUAAGUCAUUUGACUUGCUGAGACACCGGCGGGUUCACACCGGAGAGAGGCCAUUCACCUGCUCUGAGUGUGGGAAAGGUUUCACUCAGUCAUCUGACCUGCUGAGACACCAGCGAGUGCACAGUGGGGAGAGGCCAUUCACCUGCUCCGAGUGUGGGAAGGGAUUCACUCAGUCAUCCAACCUGCUUAUACACCAGCGGUUUCACACUGGAGAGAGGCCUUUCACAUGCUCCGAGUGUGGGAAGGGAUUCAGUCAGUCAUCCCACCUGCUGGUGCACCAGCUUUGUCACACUGGAGAGAGGCCGUUCACCUGCUCUGAGUGUGGGAAGAGAUUCAUUCGGUCAUCCCACCUGCAAACGCACCAGCGAAUACACACUGGAAAGAGGCCGUUCACCUGCUCCGAGUGUGGGAAGGGAUUCACUCAGUCAUCCCAUCUGCGAACACACCAGCAAAUUCACACUGGGGAGAGGCUGUUCUCCUGCUGUGAGUGUGGGAAGGGAUUCACUCAGUCAUCCGACCUGCAGAGACACCAACGAGUUCACACUGGGGAGAGGCCGUUCACUUGCUCUGAAUGUGGGAAGGGAUUCACUCAGUCAUCUGACCUGCUGAUACACCAGCGGAUUCACACUGGGGAGAGACCGUUUACCUGCCCUGUCUGUGGGAAAGGAUUCACUGCUUCCUCUGACCUGCUGAAACACCAGCAAAUUCACACUAAGGAGAGGCCAUUCAGCUGUACUUCCUGUGAAAAGAGAUUCAGGUCUUCAGCCCAGCUCAAAGCACACCAGCAAGUUCACACUGGGGAGAAACCAUUCACCUGCUCUGACUGUGGGAAGAAAUUCACUCACUCAUCCCAACUGCAGAGACACAAGCGAGUUCAUCGGGAGAAACUGUGGAAAUGUGGGGAUUGUGGGAAGGGAUUCAGAUCCCUGUCUGAGCUGGAAACUCAUUGCCGCACUCACACUGGGGAGAGGCCAUUCAUCUGCUCUGAGUGUGGGAAAGGAUUCAGUCAGUCAUCCAGCCUGAGGACACACCAGCGAGUUCACACUGAUAAGAGACCUUUUAAAUGCCCAGACUGUGGGAAAUGCUAUAAAAGUUCCGGGGAACUGAGGCGUCAUCAACGUGUUCACAGUGACAAGAGACGGUUCAGGUGCUCUCACUGUGGGACUGGGUUCAGGCGAUCAUCUCAACUCACUCUACACCAGCGAAUUCACACUGGGGAGAGGCCAUUCACCUGCCUCGAGUGUGGGAAGGGAUUCACUCAGUCAUCCUACCUGCUGACACACCAGCGAGUUCACACUGCGGAGAGGCCAUUCACCUGUUCAGGGUGUGGGAAGGGAUUCACUCGCUUAUACCAUUUAAAGAGACACCAGCAAGUUCACAAGUAACUACAGUGAUUGGAUAUUGUUGUGAAAUCACAUCCAGGACUGAACCAUGUUCAUUGGGGUCUCUUUCUGCUGAUGUUAAUAAACUCCAGGUCAGUUAUAGGGAGUAAUAUCCUGGAUAAAAGUCAGAUAAAUCAGCUUUGUGUUAAACUCACCGUGUGUCAAGUGUUUUUAAUCUCUCAGACACAAGUUAGUUCCUUUUGAAGGGCCCUUCCUCA